AUUUGCCGCUCUCUCGUUCCGUCUCAACACCGGCUCUACGGUUCUCGCGUGUAUGUGUAUCAUAUUUAAUUUAUAUAUGGUACGCAGGUUUGAGCGAUAAUCUUUUCUGUCAUAAUAGUUACGAGUUACCGUUUUAACACAACGGACGAGGCUAAUAAUGCCGCUGCAAGUUCACGACGUUCAGCAAAAUGUCGUGGAGCCAAUGCAGGUUGAUGCUCCUACAGAGGAUAAUGAUAAUGCUGAGGAAGAACCGUAUAUAGUAGAAAAUCCGACGCUGGAUUUGGAAGUAUACGCCAAUAGUUACACCGGACUUGCAAAACUCUAUAGACUUAUAUAUAUCGCCGAUCAUUGUCCAUCGUUAAGAAUAGAAGCGUUAAAAAUGGCAAUUACCUAUGUGAUGACUACAUACAAUGUGUCACUUUACAUAAUACUGCACAAAAAGCUUGUACAAGCCAUGGGUACUCCUGGAUUACCAGAUGUAGCGGCACAGUCAACCUCUCAGGAUGUGCUGACAAUGGAUCAGACAUGGGUGGAGACUCGAUCUAAAAAAGCUGCUCUUAAAUUAGAAAAGUAUGAUACCGACUUAAAAAAUUACAAGAGCAAUUCGAUUAAGGAAAGCAUAAGAAGAGGUCACGACGAUUUGGGAGAUCACUAUUUAAAUUGCGGCGAUCUCGUUCACGCUCUAAAAUGUUAUUCCAGAGCACGAGAUUAUUGUACUAGCGGCAAGCACGUUGUGAAUAUGUGUUUGAACGUCAUCAAAGUUUCUGUUUAUUUACAAAACUGGUCCCAUGUACUUAGUUACGUCACCAAGGCUGAGAGUACACCAGACUUCCCCGAGUUGCAUGGUAAAGACAACAAUCAAGCGAUAAUCACGAAGUUAAAAGUGGCAGCUGGUUUGGCAGAAUUGGCAACAAGAAAGUAUAAAAUGGCUGCGAAACAUUUUCUACAAGCGUCCUUAGAUCAUUGCGAUUGUCCCGAAUUAUUGUCUCCUGGAAAUGUGGCUCUCUACGGAGGACUCUGUGCUUUAGCUACCUUCGACAGACACGAACUGCAAAAACAAGUUAUAUUUAGUAGUUCCUUCAAAUUAUUUUUAGAAUUAGAACCGCAACUGCGAGAUAUAAUUUUCAAAUUUUACGAAUCAAAAUACGCAUCCUGUUUGAAAUUGCUUGAUGAGAUAAAAGAUAACAUCCUCUUGGAUAUGUAUAUAGCACCUCACGUAAAUCUGUUGUAUACACAAAUUCGGAAUAGGGCAUUGAUACAAUACUUUAGUCCAUAUUUAAGCGCGGACAUGAGAAGAAUGGCGACUGCGUUCAAUAGAACUGUAUCUGAAUUAGAAGACGAACUUAUGCAGCUUAUUCUCGAUGGACAGAUUCAGGCUCGUAUAGAUUCGCACAACAAGAUUCUGUAUGCAAAGGAUGUUGAUCAACGUAGCACUACCUUUGAGAAGUCCAUGACCGUUGGAAAAGAUUAUCAGAGGCGUACUCGUAUGUUGAUCUUAAGGGCUGCAAUGUUGAAACAGCAAAUUCAUGUAAAGAGUCCUCAGCGCGACAGUACGCAAGGAGGGGAAAUGUCGGUGGCGCCUGGAAAUGGUACCUUAGCAGCGAAAAAUUGAAAUUGCAUGAAUGUUGAUAUUUCGUUGGAAGAAAACAAAAAAUUUAUAUACGCGUGUCAACUGCCACGACCACCUAGGUAUGAUAUAAGAUUUCACUACUACAUUUCGACAUUGUGUUGCGUCUCAGAAGCCAAUGUCCUGUACCUCAUUUUCACCAUAUAAUAUAUGACAUGUAUAUAAUAUCGCCACAUUGUGUUUACUUUAAACAACGUUAUCUUAGCUGUAAUGGUUAUACUUUUAAAGCAAUCAUAAAAAAAAAAAAGAGGAAAGUGUGUAACAUAGAUCCAAUUUUUUUUGACUAAUUAACACCCUAAUAUGUUUUCUUUUACAACAAAUAAAUUGUAAAUUUUAAGUUCCUCUGUAUACGAGCGAUGCGACCGAACCUAAGACUUUAACAUACUCUGCUGGGAUUUACUUAGAAUAAUAAUAAAUAAAUUCAUUGCAUUAAAUGUGCAAAUCUA